AUGUGCGCCGUAGAUUCUAUUUCUGCUGAUAAUCUAGGUAUAAGAUACAGUAAUGAAUUGGUGUUUAAAGGUGGGACUGAUAAAUCUGCUUUUGUCACUCUUUUGCCAAAAGAAGACAGGACUUUGUCUGUAUCGUCUAUUGCCUCUAUUUGCAAAGGAGACUUCUUAGGCAUAUUUGCUGGUACAGUUUGUUUCUCUGAGGAUCUCAGUAUAACCUAUAGUAUUCCUGGACCUUCUGGGAGACUUGAGCUUAAUUAUUCUCAAGUUACAGGGGUAUCUGAACCUGGUGGUAAAGUAAAUGUGUGCCUUCAUUGGGAUAUUUUCUGUGCUAUCAAACAAAUUAUGCUAUUUGAGCCUCUAAGUCGUAUGGCUGCUCAGCACGAGCAAUAUGAAAUAUACUUGUCGUCUGGAAAUGCCGAAAGAGGCUUUCUCGAAAUUGCCAUCAGCCAGUGA